CUGUGGCGGGGGACACCGCCCGAAGCGUACCUCCCCUGUCCGAGCGGCGUUCCGGCGCCGGGAGACCAUAUCUUCAAUGGGGAGCUCCACGCCAACACCGUGGAUGGACCGUGAAUGGCUUCAAGAGAUUAUGAGAGACGUGAAGAGCGAUGGGCAUUUACUAGUAACUGAGCACUGCGUAACGAACAUGGGCGGCAAGGGCGAAAACUACCUCAGCGAGAUGCAAAGGAUAAGUGUAAAAACACGACAGUCUGAUGACACCGAAGGCGAAAUAUUCAUGGUCAUUAAAAAUAUCCCUCCGGGGAAAGAAAUGCAGAAAAUCAUAAUGGAAUCUACUGCCUUCCCAAACGAAAUCAAAGUAUUCAGAACAAUCCUGCCUAAGUAUCAAGAAAUUCUGGACAAAGUGGCUCCUGGAAAGUUUCCCCCAUUUGCAGCGAAUUACAUUUUCUCAGAAGAAAAGGAAACUCGUUUCCUUAUUGUUGGAGAUUUGGCAGCAGAACGUUUCAGAAUGGCCAAGAGGCAAGAAGGCCUAGAUCUCGACCAUUGCAAAAUUCUUAUGAAGACUUUGGGUCGCUACCACGCGACUUCUGUUGCACUACAUGACAUAAAUCCAUCAAUUGUAGAGUCUUUCAAAGAAAAUAUGUUUACGGAAGAGUCAUCAAAAGAUUUUGUAAGUAAUUUUACGAAAAUGGCCAUUGAUUCUGUGACAGACAUGGUGCGGUCCUGGCCGGAGUGUGGGGUGAGGAUGGCAGGGAAGUUAGAGACGUUAUCUUCUAUAACUCAUGAUAUAGUAAAGGAACAGCUCAGACCUGAUGGCAACCGUCUGAAUGUGUUAAUUCAUGGCGAUCUUUGGGUUAACAACAUGCUAUUCAAGUACGACGAAGAAACAGGCGAUGUCCAUGAAGUCAGGCUUGUGGAUUUCCAAAUGAGCUGCUAUGCUUCGUUUGCAAUGGACUUGCAAUACUUCAUCCACACCAGUCCCAAUGAUAUGGUGCGUGCGAGGCACACAGAGGACCUCUUGAAGGAAUAUCACACAGAGCUGGAAAACACUUUGAACUUACUCGGCCAAGGUAACAAAUCAAUCAGCUUCCACGAACUUGUUGAAGAGUACGAAAGUAAAAACCUUUUCGGUUUUAUUAUGUCAUUGCUUAUUCUUCCCAUUAUCCAAGCAGACCCAGAAGAUGCGGCGGACUUGGAGACUUUCCUCAGUGGUGGUGAUGAGUCAUCAAGUAUGAACUCAAGAGCAUGCAAUAAAGAAUUCGUAAACGUCAUGAAGAGACUUCUCCCACUUUACGAGAAGAAAGGAUAUUUCUAAAUAAAAUUUCUUAGAAAAACCCAACAACUUUAUGUGCCUAAAUAAAUCAGUCUAAGCUUAGAUAAAUAUGACAUGAACAACUUAAGAAAAUAUGUAAAACAUAUUCACUAAGCGGUACUGUCUUUAAUGUUUAUUUAGGUCAACAUUUUUGUUGCGAAUGCUAUUAUAAUGCUGUCAACCCAAAAUUAUUUGAACAGAGACAGCAUACGGAAUAAUAAGUUAUAGCCUGUAUUGCAUAAGCUCUCAAGGUCUUUCACGCCAAAGCCAUAUUUUUAAUGUAAAUUUUCAGUAUUAUUUUUGGGAUUAUUUGUUAAAAAGCCAUUUCUGUGGUAUAGAAGACAGGUUACUCAACAUUCAGUACCAAAGUUAAAGUCUAAGUCCCGCUUAAGACACGUCUGCAUUUAGAAUUGUUAAGUUUAUGUGUUGUGCACCAUUAAGCUUUCAAAAACGAACCGGGGACGUUUAUAUUCAGUAGCGGCCGGUGAUGUUAAAUUAUGGGUGUUCACACACUCAUACAUACACACAUGCUAAUACAUAUGCACUCAUAAAUAAAAAAAAAGACCUGCUACCUUACUGCGUUCUUGAAGCCUGUUUUGGUGUCAGAUUAUCUGUGUUGGUGCGGCACCGUAGCAGUUACUGCUUAUCUUGGAGUCGUGAAAGAUAUAUUUCGUUUAUUACACAAACUCAUGUCUGUAAUUGUAGCUCGAAUUAACACAACGAAGCUUAUUGAGCAGACUAGUUGUUUUUAAGAGAUUUUAAAUUGUAAUUCAAAUGGUAGAUCGCUGAUCUAGCCUCACAUAAAUAAUAAAAAAUUAUGUUUGAUGUUCUUGAUUUUUCAAAUUUGUGGCUGGGCUUAAGCUUAUCAAAGUGUUGCGCCUGAAAGCAAUGUGAAGCUAAAAAAUAUGAUUUUACAAACUGUAAUGCUACAAAGGUAUUGCACCAUUAUUUAUUUGUAAAAAAAAAAAAUCCAUUCUUCUGGUUUUCAGCUGAGCAAACUUGUUGAUGACUCUAUGAUUAAGAUCAUGCAUGCUAUUUAUUAGUCUUUUUUUCUAUUGACAACAUUGCUAAAGCAGUAAGUCUUUCUUCUGACAUAGUGUUCCUAAAUUUUUAAUUGUUAACUUUUCCUUGUAGUAAGUUUUCUGUUCGCUAAAAUUGUUUGUACGGAAUUCAUUAUGGCGAUUUUUAAAAAUUGUACAUUGCAAUACGCGCCAAAUAACGCAGUCACAUUUUCACAGUAAAGUUAAAGUCUUACAACAAAAGGAAACUUUAUAACAUACCUCAGAAAAAUGUUGUCCUGCGUAAGGCACAGAAAAAUAUUUUACAAACGCACAGUCCCACUAUUAUUUAAAAAUAUUUACGCUCGCAUUGAACCACACGCAAAUACUUGUUUCUACUGGACGUAAAAAACUGAAAACGGAAAGUUUGUUUGGUUAGGGGUGAUAGUAUUGGAGUGGACAAUACUGGCAUCUACCGGGCUGAUUCAUAAGUUAUGACUUACUUCUCUGAUCAGUGCUGCUGUGCGUGCUGAAAUUUGUAACUACAUCAGGACACCAGGACAAUCACGAGCACACCAAGAGUCGUGCACUCGUCCAAUGAUAAAUGUCCCGUAGGAGGUGACGUAAUUCCUUCGUGCGCAUGCGCAAAAGGACCGAGGCAGGCAUGCAGGCAGCGCGUUUCGUGCACAGAUCCAUUGUGAACAUUACAGCGUUGCCGUAUCGCCGCAAUCGAAAAAAUGAAAACAGAUGUCCGUGACAGAUGCAAACAAAGCGACGAGUGUAACUCUGGUAGCUGCCACUGGUAAAAGUAGAUAAAAAGGAACUUUUUAACUCUACAAAAUAAAUAAAUGUUCUGUAGAAAACUGGGUGUGCACGUGCACUUGUGCUCUUUAAUACCGGCCGCUACUAUUUACAUUCUCCGAAAAAUCAAACUAAUUCUAAAGACCUUUAUAAAAUCAACUACCUACUUCUUAGGUUGUGUUUUACAGGGCGUAUACGCACUCUGGCUCUAUGACAUUACGUACAAAAGUUACAAAGUACGUACAACUUCAAAACUGUAAAUGUAGUUCUUUGAAUUGAGUGUGUGUGCAAUAUUCUGAUGUAAAGGCAAUUGCAAGAAAUAAAUCUUUAGUUUCGAAAAAGAACAAAA